AAGGUGGCUCAGAUAUCAGCGCUCUGCGCGCAACAGGACGCACCGGCAGUAUCCACAGGAGGAAUCCAGAGUUAUUACUCGCCUCUCGCCCUUUCUGCCUGGUCCCAUUCACCGAUAACGGUACUUUCUCCACCAGGAAUAGGCUGUGAAAGAAAUGAAAGCGUGGCGGCUCGGGUUUCUGUACGUUCUGGUGUUGAUUGCAGCCGUGCAGCAUGUGACGUCCCUGGAAGAGGAGCUCGCCGAUUCUAUUUUUGGUAACUUCCUCGAGCCUCUGAAUGACUUGUUCGACCACAAAGGUGACAGCAAUCAAACUGUUGCCAAAUUCUCCCUUCGCAAACCAUCCCAUCCCGAUGACGACCUGUGUUACAUUGUUCCUGGAAAACCUGACUCCCUGGCCGCCUGCACCUUCAACAGCACUUCCAGAACCUUCCUAGUAAUCCAUGGAUGGACGCUGAGUGGUAUGUUCGAAAGCUGGGUGGCAAAGUUGGUGUUAGCGUUGUACGAGAGAGAGCAGACGGCCAACGUUAUCGUGGUGGACUGGCUCACCUCGGCCCAGAACCACUAUGUGGUCGCCGCUCAGAAGACCAAAGCCGUGGGGCAGGAGAUCGCUCGCUUCAUCGACUGGCUCGAGGAAACGACCAACAUGCCUCUUGAGAACAUCCACCUGAUUGGCUACAGCCUUGGGGCUCAUGUGGCAGGAUUUGCUGGCAGCCAUGCAACCAAUAAAGUCGGAAGAAUAACUGGUCUGGACCCUGCUGGUCCGGACUUCGAGGGGGAGCACGCCCACAGGCGCCUGUCCCCGGACGACGCUUACUUUGUGGACGUCCUCCACACCUUCACACGGGGAUCCCUGGGUCUCAGCAUUGGUAUCCAGCAGCCUGUCGGCCACGUGGACAUUUACCCCAACGGAGGCAGCUUCCAGCCGGGUUGCAACCUCAGGGGAGCCCUGGAGAAGAUUGCUAACUUUGGGAUAUUUGCUAUCACAAAUGCAGUCAAGUGUGAACACGAGCGCUCGGUCCACCUGUUCAUUGACUCUCUGCUGAACAAGGAGGACGGCGCCAAGGCCUACAGAUGCGGCAGCAGCGACACGUUCGACCGCGGCAUGUGUCUCAGCUGCCGCAAAAACCGCUGCAACACGGUGGGCUACGACAUCAGCAAGGUCCGCAAGGCGCGCAACGUUCAGAUGUACACCAAAACACGGGCGUCCAUGCCUUUCAGAGUUUACCACUAUCAGCUGAAGAUCCAUUUCUCCAGCAAGGUGAACCGUUCAGAGAUGGAGCCCUCGCUCACCGUGUCGCUGUAUGGAACAAAAGGAGAGGCUGAAAACCUGGAGCUUAAACUAAAGGAGAAAAUAGCGACAAAUAGGACACAUUCAUUCCUGCUGGUGACAGAGAAGGACAUCGGCGACCCGUUGAUGUUGAAGUUUAAAUGGGAGGAGACAAAUAGCUGGUCAGCCUCCAGCAUGUUGAAGAUGGUUUCCUCUUGGUGGUCCGGUGACUCGGACAACGGUAACAUGGAGGUUCACAAGAUCCGCAUUCGAGCUGGUGAGACCCAACAGAAGAUGGUGCUCUGUGUAAAAGACCCCGGAGCUCAGAGCUCAACACAGGAGGUCACAUUUGUUAAAUGCAAGGAUACAUGGAGGACAAACUCGAAACAAACUCCAAAAAGAAUAACUCUGGAGAACCGCUGACUUUGAAGAAAAGGCCCAACUCUUGAAAGCCCUCUGGUACAUUUCAGCACUUAGUAGAUAACUUCUUCACCUGUAACUUAUUUUAUUGUAUUUCUCAAAUUAUACAAAACCCCUCACCCCCUUGUGUAUAUUCACAGAGGUCUGUUUGUUAUUUAAAACAAUACGUAUGUAAAUGACCAUCUCUUACAUCCUUGUUGUACAUUGUUUGUUGUACACAAGGUAAAGGCCAUUGUCUUUGGUAGAGAUGUAUUAUUCAAUCAGAUUAUUAAGUCUCACUAUUCAAUGUCUAUUCAGAGUCUCACAUAGUGAGAGGCCUGAUGACUGGAUAUACCAUAAUAGUUAUGGAGGUACAAAUGUCCUAUUGUGUAAAAUUCCUUAAAUUAAAGUUACAUUUCAUAUCAAGCACUGUGAAGAACAAUUCCCACCCCUGCAGACCUUUGCCAGCUCUCAAAAGGAGAGGAAGAUAAUCUUAAAUGUGAAUUUCUUAAGGUGUUUUAUGCAAUAGGUUGCAAUUUAUUUACCUAUUUGGAUUAUCUGACAAAUGCAUAACCCAACGGAGCAUUCACCACUGUGGCUCACAGCACUAUACGUGACUGUGGGACCUGUAUCAGUGUGCCUUACUGUAAAUGGUCGCCAGAAGUAAGCUGUUGCGAACGGAAAUUGUCUCAACUUUUACUGUUAUUAUCCCACCUACCUUUAUGGAAACCCCCAAGACAAACAUUCACAUUUAGAGCAUUUUUAACUGCUGCUCCUCUGCGAGAUGUCGUUACUCUUAAGCUGUUACGACAAACAAGUGCCUGACAUUAUGUCAACCAUUUUUUGUGUCUAAACUUUAUGAGGUAUGUGGUACGAGUAGUGAGGUAGAAGACCUGGUUAAUUUCAAGACACUUUUACACAGCCUGUUCAAGGCGGGGAUGUUGCACAUUUGUCCCACCUCACCGUUUUGUAUAGAAAGUACGAACAAGUUGGGGGGGGGGGGGCAUUGUUGUUUCGCCUUAAUGCAGUGGAUGUAGUGACAGAGCUGGGAUUAUCUCUGUAUAAGUGAGAGGAUAGAUUUUGAUGUAGUGUUCCCGGCUCUAAUUCCAGAAGAGAAUGCUUUUCCAAAAUGAUGCCGGCUUGUUUGAUUCAGUGUAAAGAAACUUAGGCGACAUAUUAAGGGUCUUCUUAACUGCAAUACAGCGUAGUCUCUGUGUAAAAGGGGCGUCAGUGUUGUCACUUUGCUGUCUGUGUUUUCUCUGUGCGUCUAUUGAUAACAUUGAAUGUAAAUAAGCAAUAUCUGAACCUCAGCUCUUUAGAGAUCGGUACUGUAAUCAUUGUGAUUUCAUUUACACCUACUUUUAAAAAGAGGGAAUGUUUCACCUUUGCACUGAAAACGGGGGCACAGCAUUGCUAAACCAAGUUACUUGUACAGUCAAUUGUGUGUAAAUACCAUAAUAUUGAUGAUGGUUUUGUAGUACAGAACACUGUUGGAUAUAUGUUUUGACCUUUUGAAGAACUAAAUCUGUAAAAAGGUACAUUUCUUUAAUCUUUUGUACAUAUUUGUAAAUAUUCACUGUGCUGUAUAAAGUCCUUAAUAAACCAAAACUGCCAUCGGAGAGGUUGUGAGCCUGACAUGUUAUUUUAGGGCUGUGACAGUGAUAAUAAACUCUCUUUUAUCCUCA